AUGGAGCGCUCGCAGAGCCGCCUCAGCCUGUCCGCCUCCUUCGAGGCGCUCGCCAUCUACUUCCCGUGCAUGAACUCCUUCGAUGAUGAGGACGCAGCAGACAGCCGGAGGCUGAAGGGCGCCAUCCAGAGAAGCACAGAGACAGGACUGGCCGUGGAGAUGCCCAGCCGGACGCUACGCCAAGCCAGCCAUGAGUCCAUUGAGGACAGCAUGAAUAGCUAUGGCUCGGAGGGCAACCUUAACUAUGGAGGAGUUUGUCUAGCUUCAGAUGCUCAGUUCAGUGACUUCCUGGGGAGCAUGGGGCCAGCACAGUUUGUGGGCCGCCAGACCCUGGCUACCACACCCAUGGGGGAUGUGGAGAUUGGCUUGCAGGAGCGGAAUGGCCAGCUGGAGGUGGACAUUAUCCAGGCACGGGGACUGACGGCCAAGCCAGGCUCGAAGACGCUGCCAGCUGCCUAUAUCAAGGCCUAUCUGCUGGAGAACGGGGUCUGCAUUGCCAAGAAGAAGACCAAAGUGGCCCGCAAGUCACUGGACCCACUGUACAAUCAGGUGCUUCUGUUUCCUGAGAGUCCCCAGGGCAAAGUCCUGCAGGUAAUCGUGUGGGGAAACUACGGACGGAUGGAGCGGAAGCAGUUCAUGGGCGUGGCUCGAGUGCUGCUGGAGGAACUGGACUUGACCACCCUGGCCGUGGGCUGGUACAAGCUCUUCCCCACCUCCUCCAUGGUGGACCCGGCCACAGGUCCGCUGCUUCGGCAGGCAUCCCAGCUGUCCCUCGAGAGCACCGUGGGGCCCUGUGGCGAGCGGUCUUAAUGCCAGGGAUGGGGAGGGGCUC